AUGGGGAAGCCCAAAGCUCCAGCCGGUCACGGUUCCGGUCCCCGACUCCGUCCGUGUUCCAAAACUCUGGGAACGCGAAGAACCCCAGCGCGCUCGCUGGCUGGCCCGGCCGCGGGACACCGUCUAGGGCUUAACAGCUACCUACCUCAAGGAUCUUCUCCUACCCUUAAAACCCGAGUCAAUCCCGACCCUCCAUCCCGGCCUCCGCCACCCCACGCCGCAGCGGGCCGAUACAGCGCACGCCCGACACCGGCCCGAAACACACCCGAAACUGAACCGAAAGGUUCGGUCUCACCGCGUCACGAGGACGACCUCGCAGGGGAUUCCUCAGAGAUCUCCAGUUCCGACAGCACGCCCGCUCCUCCGCAGAAUCAGGGCCGGAGGGGAAUAAUAACCGCCGGAUCCCCGCGGACCAAGGCGAGGGCGGUCGCGGGCUCGGCUAGGUCAGGCGACUCCGAAGACCGGAGGCCAGCGUGCCGAGGGGAGAGGAGGAGGAGGAGAAGAAAAGCCCUAAGUGGCACGAGGACACACAAGGAUCAUCGUCGGUCGCGUCCCGCGAGCGGGACCGUAAGUUCGCGGCGCUUUCGUUCCUUGCUCUCGUUGCUUGCCGUCGCGUGUCCCGUCCCGUCCCGUCGAGGGUUGAGUCGCGGGCGGGCGGGCGGGAGGGCUGGCUGGCUGGCCGGUGCCGCGGGAGGCUGCUGCAGCAGCGCCUGGUUGAACGACUGGGCGCUGCGCUGCCGCUGCUCUCUUGCAUCGCAGGCCAAUCUCUGGGGCUUUGGCGCGCACGGCCCUUCUGCUGCUGCUUCUCUGCGUGGGAGAGAACGGCAGGAGGAAGAGGAGGAGGCUAGGGAAGGGGACGGGAACCCCGUUCGGUUCACUUCUUGCUGUCGCUCGUGUCUGCGCGACUUGGCUCGGCUCGAGGGAGGCCAAGAGUCCAAGCACGCAGGGAGGGAGGGAGGGAGAGAGGAGAGGAGAGAAUUGAGGUGUAGAGGAGAGGGGCGCGGGGAGAUAAGAGAGAGAGAAAGCGCUAUGGGUGCUGCUACGAGCGAGCAGCAGGUGGCGAAAGCGGCGGUUGCAUGA